CAGUGCAACAAACCGUAUGGAAAUGUCCAGCUAAAUGCUUUUAGGAAGCGUAAAUACUCCUACCAGAAGCAGACACGGUUCAGGUUCAAGGGAAGCCGUGAAAAUGUGACCGGGAAGCCGAAGCCGAGGCGGAGCAGAGGGGGAAACUUCAGCCGGACAUUGUUUUGAUGAAUCCUGUGUGCGCGUCGCAUCCCUGCAUGAAUAUCAACAUCAAAGCGGAGCAUUCAUCCCAAACACACACACAACACACACCAAACUCACCUACACGCGGCUCCCGGAAGCCAGUCGUCCCAGCGUGUGUCCCGCAGGGCUUUUAUUUCUCUCCCAUGGCUUUUUCUCAGCGCAGGGGGGGGACAAAAAAAUCAUCUCCUGACAGAUUCCGCCAUACUGGAUUUUUGUUACAGCCCCAGCGUCACAUGGAGCAACCCUGCAUUCACUGGAGGGCGGGACCUGUGCAGCGAGACUGUGAUAAGGUAGACAACAGCGUCAUUCUGUGGAUACGGAGGUGAAGUACGAACUACGUCAUCAUUCUGCGUCUGUCUCUCCAGUCCCCGCAGCAUGUGAAGAAACCAGGGGGAUCCAGUUUGAUAUUUAAAUCCUGUUUAAUUUAAAUCGGAAAGUGUUGACUUUAUCCUUGUAAGACUUUUUAACCAGCUAUCAUAAAGAGAGGUAGCCUAGAGUCAGGUUAGUUUGCAGUCUUUACUUUCCAGGUGUUUUGCUAGCUCUUAGCUCGCUAACAGCAUGGAUAACAACAUGCAGGGAAAUUCUGUUGAUGUGCACGGAGAUGAGGAAAUUAUUGAAGUCAUCGACCUCAACGACAUGGAUCCUGAACCAGAUGAUUUGGCUGAUGGCCUGGAGGACAUUGACUUUGAAGACGACGGAAACGUAGGUGAUGACGAAGCCUGGGAGACGGAGGACGAGAUGGAGGCAGAGCAGGACGACAGCGAGCUCACCUUCUCCAAACACAAAGGCUCAGUGUUUUGUGUGAGUUUGGAUCCUGCGACGAACAGCAUGGCUGUCACAGGAGGAGAGGAUGACAAGGCGUAUGUCUGGAGGGUGUGCGACGGAGAAGUCCUGCUGGAGUGCACGGGUCACAAAGACUCGGUGACGUGCGCAGUGUUCAGCCACGAUUCCUCCAUGGUGGCUACGGGGGACAUGGGCGGUUUGAUUAAAGUGUGGAAAGUAGAAACCAAAGAGGAGAUCUGGUCCUUCGAAGUGGGAGAUCUGGAGUGGUUGGAGUGGCAUCCCUGCGCCGCCGUGCUGCUGGCGGGAACAGACGACGGCAACAUGUGGAUGUGGAAGAUCCCGUCAGGAGAGUGUAAAACCUUCCAGAGCGCUGCCAGCCAGGCCACCUGCGGAAAAGUGCUGCCCGACGGUAAGCGGGCGGUGGUGGGUUAUGAGGACGGGACGGUACGUGUGUGGGAUCUAAAGCAGGGAAAUGCAGCUCAUGUCAUUAAAGGUCAGGACGGCCACCGGGGGGCGCUCACCUGCCUGUCCUGCAACAAGGAUGGCUCUCUGGUGCUGACGGGAUCAGUGGACGGAGGCUCCAAGCUCAUCAACACAGCCACAGGAAAGGUGGUCGGAGAGUACUCGCUGGACGGAGGCAAGGUCAAAGCAUCGCCACAUGACGAGGAAUCAAACUCCAUCGAAUCUGUGGGAUUCUGCAACAUCCUGCCUCUGGUCGCCGUGGCGUAUCUGGACGGGACUCUGGCUGUGUACGAUCUCUCAACUCAGGUCAUGAGGCACCGCUGCCAACAUGAGGCCGGCAUCGUUCACCUGCAGUGGGAGGACUCUUCUUCUGUGGUGUCCACCUGCUGCUUAGACGGGGCGCUGCGCCUGUGGGACGCUCGAACCGGCAGCAUUAUGGCGGAGUAUCACGGCCACAGCGCAGAGAUCCUCAACUUCACCAUCAACAGGGAAGGGACUUUCGCCGUCACUGCUUCUGGAGACAACCAGUCGAAGGUUUUCUGCCUCCAAAGACCCGACCGCUAAAGAGAGCAGGAACAAAAGAGGAGGAGAGGAAAUAUUUCAGGAGAAACAGCAAAGACAUUUCAUAAUCAGACUUUACUCCCUUCUCCUCAGGAUUUUAAAAUGUUCUCCGCAUCUUAUCUGACCUGCUGCAGUAGGAUCGUAGCACCCAAAAUAUGUUUCCCUCAGUUUCCAUCAGUUGUGCUUGAUUGGAAAAUGUUUAAAAAUCUCUCACUGAGAGAGAAACAUCAAAUCCGAUUGUUCAUCGUCUCUUUCUUAAGUGUCCUCUUGUUCCCGAGUUUAAGAGAGUAAACAGAGACUGAAGAGUGAUACAUUACAGUGUGCUUUUCCUUUGACACCCCUUUUAUUUUCUGACCUGAUUCAUGAUUUUAGAGAUAAAACACAAGACAGAAAAGAGGAAAUUCCUUUGGUUACAAAUAUGAUUUCUUCCAUAAUUAGAGUUUGUUUAAUCUGUGUGGUCUUCCAGCUAUCGCCAUGACUCACCAAGUUGGGAUGUCAGUGUAAAUACAAAAUAAUAAAUAAUAUCCUUUCUUCUGGGUAUGUUAGUUCUUUA